ACUCCUUGCGAAAGUGGAACCAUCUGCCUGGAAGGAAAUUUAUUCUGUCGUUUGGCAAAAAGUUUUGCGAUUAUUUGAGCUCGUAGACAAUCGUGCAAUGCUUUAGCAGAUAGUUAAACUAAUCUUCGUUCAUUUUGGUACUAAUAUUCCGCUUUUCUGAGGAAACUGAGGUGGUUUUUGCUGAGGAAAGUUGAGAAAGAGUCGUCUGAAAUUUUGUGAGAAGAUGGCGGCACCCCCGCCCAUGGCGCCUUUCAACAUGAACCAGGUUCAGUUCAGACCUCCUAUGGACAACAUGGGGAACGUGCCCAUCGCCAACGUAGGGAUGGGACCAGAUCCAGCCCACAACAAUGAACCACUACAGUUCAACACUAGCAAAGGUAAACCUCCUCAAACUUCCUCAUCACCCCCGGUCGAGGAUGUGGAUCUCAGACUACAAAAGAAAGGGAAAAAAGGCAACGGACAACUGGGCAACAUGUUACCUGUACAGGGAGGAGACAUGAUGGGAACAGUUGGUCCGAUGGACCCAAACCAGUUGAACCUGGGCAUGAUGGGGCAGGGCAUGCUGGGGGACUGGAACCAGGCUGCCUGGGGCAUGGGCAUGUUGUCCAGCCCCACUUCUGGGGGGCCUGGUGGGAACAUGGGGCAAGGUGGCAUGGACCCAAACAUGAUGACAGAGGGGAUGAACCAGUUUGGCAUGAUAGAUCCCCAGUUUGGUGGCUUCAUGGGGGGUAUGAUCCCCCCACCCCCACCUCCUGAUCUACAGAGGGAGAUUAUUGAGCUGAAGAGCUGCACCUUGUUUCCACCCAUGCCAGGCAUGCCCCCACCGACGACCCGUGAGCGCCCGCCUGGCUGUCGGACCGUGUUUGUUGGCGGUAUGCCGGAGAGCAUGACCGAGGACAUCAUCCAGGAGGUGUUUGAGCGCUGUGGCGGCAUCGUCAGCAUCCGCAUGAGCAAACGCAACUUCUGUCACAUCCGCUUUGAUGACCAAACAGUGGUGGACAGGGCAAUCGCUUUAUCAGGUUACAGAAUCCGGCUGGGUCAGAGCAGCGACCCGAUGAACAUGGGGCGUCUGCACGUGGACUACGCGCAGGCGCGGGACGACCAGUACGAGUGGGAGUGUAUCCAGCGCCGCAUGCAGCGGGAGGAGCGCCACAGACGCAGGGUGGAGGAGAUGAGGAUGAGACCCCCCUCCCCACCUCCCGUCACACACUUUUCAGACCACGAGUGCCAGAUUCUCGCUGACAAGCUGAAAGCGGAUGACACUUUCUCGCCAGCAACUCAGCAGCUCAUCACAUGGCUGGAGCGAGGGGACUGCAACAAACGCACCGCCAACAACUUCUACAGCAUGAUCCAGUCAGUCAACAGCCACGUACGCCGUCUCAUGAAUGAACGCCAGCAGUACGACGAAGAGUUCCAAAACGCACAGAGGGUCCACAAGGGACGCCUCACGGGCCUCCUGCUGCAAUUUGAUCAGAUAGAGAAAGUGUUUGGUGCGUCCACUAAGCAGCGGGCUUGGGAUCAUUUCUCCAAGGCUCAGAGGAAGAACAUAGAGAUGUGGAAGAAGCAAGCUGAGGAGAUCCGCACCACCCAGCAGGAGGAGAUGAUGAGUGACAGGAAGGAGGAAGACAUGGAGCUGUCUGACAACGAGGAUGACUCGGGUGGCAUGAUCAUGAAACGGAGAAAGGUCGACUCUGCUGGCACAUUCUUUUCCUAUUUCCCACAAGCCCUGAAGGAAGAGAACGACAGUCUGAAGUGUCAGGUGGAGGCCUACAAGAACGAGUUGGAAGUGGUCAAGUCGGAGGCUCAGUACAGUCUGUCGGAGAGGGACAAACAGAUCCAGCAACUACAGAUGGCUCUACAGGGCAUGCAACAGCAACUUAUUGCUGCCAGGACUGAGAUGCAGGUGAAGAAGGAUGAAGAAGAGAAGAAAGAGGAAGAGGAGGCUAAAGCUGAGCCACCGAAGCCGUCUGCUUUGAUGCAGUGGCUUAAAUCAGCCAAUAAGGACAAAGCUGCCUUUGCCGGUGUCCCGGAUCCGGACAAGUCCCCGAAAAAGGAGAAAGACUCCAAAGUCAAGAAACCAGCCUCACUGGAUCAGCAACAGGCACUCCUUGUCGGAGUGCUAUCUUCGUUCCUCCAUGUCCAUCCCUUUGGCGCGUCUGUGGAGUACAUGUGGUCGUACCUGCAGAGAUUGGAGCUCACCGUCACGCCAGCGGAACUCGAGGAGUUGCUGAUUUCCCUUCCGCGAUGCUUCUGCCAGGAGCUCUUCGGAAUCGGCGCCACUUUGGAAAAGAGAUGGAAAUUCACCGGCUUUGAAAAACCUCCGCCAAAAGUAGUGGAGGAGGAGGAGAAAGAAACUCCAAACGAAGCGGAGUGACUUUAAAGUUUCGUUCUUUUUUUUCUCAUAAAGACUCCAAGAGUUGUGCAUAAUAUUCCGUACAUAUAUUGAAUGUAGAAGAGCUUGUUCAGCAUUAUGUGACAAAAAGGGGCAAUAUGUUGAGUUUUGCAAACUUCUUGAACUACUGACAAGACAGAGAGGUGUAGACGUUCACUGCCAAAAUAUUGAAAUGAGUUAGUUUCCAAGUAAAAUGGAACCUGACAGUUAUAUACCUGUUGAAGUCAUGUUUUGGCAGUCUAAAGUGUGGAAGAAUUAUUCUAUAAAAAUCAGUCACAAGAAAAAGAAAUUUACAGUAAUAGAAACAUUCACAGGCCAGUAUAGUCAUUUAUGGUUUACAUUAAACUGAAUAUCUUACAGCUGAAAUAUGGCAGUGUACUUUAUCAAUUAUCAUAUGGUGGUAUUUCCUUAAUAUCAAUAAAUAUGCUUGAUAAUUCUCCACUUUCUAAAUGGCAAACAUUCCAUUAACUGCUACUGGAUAACUUGGAUUCUCACUACCACUUAAACAUGUUUGAUCUUAAACAAGUUGGACUUUAUCAUGGCUAAAUCUUAAAGUGACAGCUGAAGAGGGCCAUGAAGUACAUACAUUUGUACUAGUCUUGUAGGAAAGGAUUACACUUAUUGUUUUCUGAAAGCUGCAAGACCUCACAAAGGCUUUCUUGAUAAUACCAAUAAAUAUCUAACAUGACAUUUUUUGGAGUUGACAAUAUUUAUAGUAAUUAUGAAUAGUUUUCCCUCUAUUUACAGAAAAUGGACUUACACACGGCAUUACACAGCAUUUACUGGUUCGUUUAUUAGGGUCAUUUUAAUCCUGUAUUCUUACUAUCAAUGACCUAUAGUGACAAUACAUGCAGCAGAGUAUUGGUGGUAUUGCAUCCUGGCUUACCUCUAACAAAGUUAAAGCAAAGACGGUGGCUUCUUCAUAGUUAAUCCACUGAAGAAGUAAUACAAAUAUGAUGAUAAUGAUACACGUCUGAAAACAUUUGAGGUACCGGUAUGAUGCACUGUGACUGAAAUACAAAUCUGGACCAAAACAUGCAUAUGGUAGCAGAUGAGCCACAGCAGAACUGCUCACGA